AUUUCGCUGGAGACGGGCAGAGGGACGCGACCGAGGACCAGCAUGUCCCGCUUCGCCAAGAUCGAGCUCAAGGCCGACAUUCGCGUGCACCGAAAGCAGGUCCGAUGGCUCCUCCACGAGCUUCUGCACGCUGGCGAGCCUGUGACCGUGUGCUUCGAGAGCCCGCGGCUGGGCCUCGAGGUGGCCUGCCGCCCGCCCACGGUCCUUCGCGUCACCAACAUCAAUCCUGGCGCGCGUCUUGCGCUUCGCAUUGGCGACUACGUUACGGGUGUCAAUGACCGCGACUUGACCAUGGAAGGCGCCGACCAGAACGACUUCAAGGCCAUCGUGGCGGCCGCGCCGCGCCCUUUAGUUCUGCACGCGAGUCGCCUCGGUCAGCCCAAGGCCGCGCGCCAAGACGCAACGCUGUCUACGCUCCAGGCCAUCCUUGCACAGGCGAAAGCGCUCGAGAUUCAAGGCAAGGAGCUCACGAUGAAGUCGGUGCCGCUGUACCGGGCGUGCACGGACGACGAGGCAAGCCUGAUGAAGAGUACGCUGUCGUGCCAGGGCGACCUACUGGCCACCAUUGUCCGAGAGGCCAAUGCGAUGCGCGACGGGAUCCUCGCAUCCAAAGAGAUGCGGCUGCGCCACGAGCUCGACACGUGGGUCAGCGCCAAGAUGGCCGUGCACGUCGACCACGUUCACCGCAGCCUCCCCAUCGUGACCAAGUUGAUGAACAAAGUCGCAUCUGCUCGGCUCGCCGAAGCGCUCGACACGUCGUGGGCCGCCAAGUACGGCCCGGUCGAGCUCAAGUGGCUUCAGAGCAGCGAAAACCGCAUUCGAGUCCUCUUGGCGUGGUUCCUCGAAGGCCUCGGACAAGACCACGCGCAUGCAGCGGCGGUCGACACAUCCCAGCGCAUUGCGCAGCAGCUCGUGCACGACUACACGUCGCUAUGGAUGAGCAAUCUCGACGCGCCGCCGGGCAACGUUCAGAAGCUAUUUUUCGAACACGCGCGCCGGCUCAAGACGGCGGUGGCGCUGCCCAAGAACACGCAACUGCGGCAGCAGCUCAUGGCUGGACACAUCUCGCCCUCGUCGUUCUUGGCCAUGUCGGCCGACGAGCUCGCGCCGCCGCAGUUGCGCGAAGAGCGUCAAGCGUACGCGUCGCAGGCCAUGGAAAAUACGAUUCUCAAGACGCCGACGACAACCAAAGCGCUCAUCACGACCAAGAACGGCUUCAAGGAAGUCGCGACGCCCCACGCAAUCGAGUUGCCUGCCAUCGAGAGCCCGGCUGAGAUCUCAGACGCAACGUCUUCACCGAUCGCACGACCCCAGCCGCGGCCGCUUCCCUCCACCAAGCCCGUGCUGGUACCCUUGCCGUCCAAUGCGCGCGCCCUGCACGUUGUGCCGUCGCCGCGAAGCGUGCCACGUCACGUCCCGCCCAAGCCAAAGACCGCGCCGUCUCCGCAUUCCGCUGCAUCGCCGAUCCCAAGUAGCCGCCCCAAGUCGAUCGAGGAGCUUCGGCGCUUGGCGACCGAUGACGUGCGAUCCAGUAAGCGCCAGCGUGUCGACGCACCGGCGGUCAUCACGUCAAUCAACGCGCCGGACCCGUCGCGCCUGGAAGAAUUGGUGCUUGACGACCUCACAGUGCUGUCGACAACGCUGUACUUUCUGCGGGCAGUGCUCGAAAACAAGGCGGCGACCGAUAAGCGACUCGCCGAGCUUGUGAUGCGCGUCGAGAAUGCGUCGCAGUACCAAGUGGCCACGAACGUGCUGGCCAAGAUUGCGUCGACGACGGUACAUGGAGAAUACCGCGUGGAUGUCGCGAUCGGUGCAUACUACUUGCGCAUCAUGACCGCCGAGUGCCUGCCGCACAACCGAUACCCGAAAGAAGAAGUGGUCCGACACCUAAUGGCACUCACCACAAGCCUCCAUGGCCGCUGGAGCUCGCUUCUCGAUACGUUUGCCCAGCAAUUGGGCGAGCACGAAGUCAAGCGGCGUGAAAGCGCGCGCGUCCUCGCCGUCGAACACUUGAUCGAGAGCGCCCGCCAACACUUUCGACUCGAAGAGAAGCGCGUGAACGGUCUCUGUCUCUGCCUCAUUCGCGUCAACGCGACGCUUGUCGCCAAAGGCAGCGGCCGCGACGACCCGGCGGCCAAGAGAGCCGCGUGUGAAAUGCUCGGUGAGUUCCUUGUCUCUGUGCUGCUCUACCAUGCGCCGGCCAACCGCCACUACCGCAACGCACUGCAGAAAGGCCGGCGUCUGAGCCCGACUUGACGGAUGUAGGACUAGAUUUUUAAUAGAUAGGACAUUGUUGGCGUUGGCAGAUUGUCUUUUGGAUGGAACUAGCUCUUGAA